GGCUCAGACAGCUCUUUUUGCAAUAAAAGUUCUCAUUCUAAAAAAACGCAACAAAAAAACAAAACCCACAAAACCUGCUCUAAUUUAUUAUACAGGUGUCGAGAAACUGGAUUACAUGUUGAUGAAUCCUUAUUUCCUGCAGUAGACACUAGUGAAGGAUUACCACUACUGAUAAAAAAACACAAAUGUAUGCAGCCAAAAGACUUUGUUGAAAAAACUCCAGAAAAUGAUAGAAAGCUGCAGAGAAGACUGGACCAGAUGGCUAAAGAAUUAGCUGUUCAAAAGAUAGCAAUUAAUGCUGAAACUGAUGUACCAGUUUUACUAUUUGAAGAUAAUGGUUCGCUUGUAUACAGCCCUGUUAAUAAGAUAAAAGAUCAAUGUAGUGCAAUGGAAAGAAGAAUAAAGGAGAUGAAGGAAAAAAGAGAAAACAUUUCUCCUACUGCUUCACAAAUGUCUCAGAUACCUUCAAGUAGUUUUCCAAGAGACUGCUCGCUGUCUACUUCAACCUUAACUAAUUCAGAAGCUGCAUUGUUACCAGAAGAACAAAUGGAAGACUGCUUGAACUCAAGUUACGAUUGUCUUUGGGGAACUGAUAAAUCAGAGAGGCAGAAAACAGAGAUAGUAAAACACGCCUGUGAUACUUGGACUGAUAUUAAUGUAUCCAUGAGUGCAUCAGUGAAUUCUCCUUCACGUAGCUAUGAGCUGAAGAGCUUAACACCAAAACAACACAGCAGAAGAAGUCUAGGUGAUGAAAAUGAAGUUUCAGAGUGUCACGUUACUGAUGGCUCUUGCAAAGUUUUUAAUGAACAAAAGAAUAAGCACAAUGGGGGGUUAAGAAAAACUAGAAGACUCCAAAAGCCAACAAGGACACUAGUUAUGACGAGUAUGUCUUCUGAGAAACAAAAUACGGUAAUUCAGGUGGUGAAUAAACUUGGAGACUUUUUGUUCUCAGAUGAUGUGUGUGAAACAACAAGUCAUGUAGUUACAGGGAGUCCUCGUCGUACCUUGAAUGUUAUGCUGGGAAUUGCUCGUGGGUGUUGGAUUGUUUCUUAUGAAUGGGUUCUGUGGUCUUUGGAAUUGGGCCAUUGGAUCUCAGAGGAACCAUAUGAGCUUUCAUCCAGCUUCCCUGCAGCUCCUGUAAGUUUAAUGGCCCUUUAA